AGGCUGAAAAAGAAAAUAUCCCACAGAAUAAACAGCUUCCAAGCACUGAACUUGAGAGGAACGCUACGGCGAUGCUUCAGGAAGCAGGAUUAGCCGACAUGCAAACAUGCGAACCCAUAGAAGUGGAAACCCUCACUGAAUCAUCUGGAACGCCCCUGGGUAGUCUGGACAGGACUAAAGUUUCACUUGGCGACUCUGAACGGACUACUGAUUCCAAGAGAUUUAUACUUGACCAAUGGGGAACCGAGGGAACAAUGGUGAAAAUCUUACAAAAUAUAAAGGAGGGGACAAGACCGAUUACUAUCCAUAAGUUAAUAAUGAACGGCCCAACAACACCGGGAAAACAUAAUAUCAUAGCAGCGCGCUGUUUCUCUUCCGUACUCAAAUUGAAGCAAUGUGGCUUCAUCCAAGUGCGUAAAGACCCACAAACUUUGGAAAUUACGGACAUAUUUUUGGGACGGCAAUUCGAUAAAAUAAUGUAA